AUGGAUGACACCAGCAACUUCGUGGUAUCUACGGUGAGAGAUGCCCUCGCAGACGUUACAAAUGUACAAAACACCAAGAAUAUUGAGGUGUCUGCCCUAGCUCGUGAGAAGGGGCGGGUCGAGCCAAAGGACUAUGACUACGAGAAGUACGUCACUGUCAUUCCUUCAGAAAAACCAGCAGAGAAGGGGGAGAACUAUCAAGACGAACAAUCCUUUCCUGAGUGGGCAGCAAACGCUGUGAAGUACGAGUGGAACGAUGAAUACGGUGAUGUUGGGCCGGAAAACCCUCAUCUUGAGGAACAACUGUUCCGCGCUGAGUUCAUCAACCGUACUGGCCUCAAAAUAGAAAACCUUCAAAACAUUGAUGUUGUGGCUGAAAGUCACGAAAGACCCUCGCCCAUUAGGACCGGUAACAUCCUAAAUAAGUUCGAUGAUGCUGGGCUUCAUCCAAUCAUGCGCCAGAACAUUUGUCUCUGCGGUUACGAAUUUCCUACGCCUAUUCAAGCAUACGCUAUCCCUGCCGUCCUGACUUCACAUGAUUUGAUCGCUAUCGCUCAGACUGGCUCUGGCAAAACGGCCGCCUUUCUAAUACCUGUUCUUUCUCAGUUAAUGGGAAAGGCGAAAAAGCUAGCAGCGCCCCGGCCAAACCUG